ACCAGCUCCCCCCCCCCCCCUCUCCAGGUCCACGCUCAAGGAUGUUCAAGCGACUCACCAAGUUCAACCGCAAGAGGGACAAGGACAUCGCAAAUGGCAUCGACGUCAGCGCAGAUGCUCCUCCAGAGGCCCUCCUCGACGAAGACGAGGACAGUAGCGACGAAAGCGGCAGCGAAGACGAGGUAGACCAAGCCCAGUCGGAUUCAGACUCGGACUCGGACUCGGAGUCAGAAGAAAUGGAAGAAGCGGCAGAAGUGGAAGCUUCCGGUCUAGUCAAGGCCAGCAGUCAACAGCCGCUGCACAAGGGCAAUGGCAAGAAGAGGGCCGCUCCUCAGGACGACGAUGAGGACGAAGAGGACCAGUCAUCUGGCAGUCAAGAAGACGAGGACGACGAGGAUGCUUCUGAUUCCUCGGAUGAUGACGAAGCUCCGAUAGACCUCUCCAUACCACCUCUCUCCAUUUCUCAAUCUCUCGAGUCCCCCUUCUACCUCUCCCCCCUCUCCCCCUCCAAGGCCGGCGUCCCAUGGAUCACCUGCCUCGUCUGUCCCCUCUCCCAACUCAAGACAGACACCAGCGUCGAAGUCCACUCCAAUGCCAAGGGACACCUGAGGAGAUACAAUCGGUACAAGCGUUACGUCGAGGCAAAGCUGAGCGAGGUGGAGAGGACAAAUGAGUGGAGUCAAGGAGGAGCAGACCCUAGGGGAAUUGUCAAAGAGGUCGAGGACGAGGUGAAGAGGGUGCAAAAGGCAGAGACAGAGGCAAAAGUCAGUGGAUCGGGAGAGCCCAAAGCGAAAAAGGCGAGGAGGCAGAGUCGGCAGCCAAAGACCACAGAGGACAAGCAGCUCGAGGGAACGCCGUCUACUUCUACUUCUUCAACUACUACCACUCGUACGGCCUCGGAGAAGGCCAUUGCAAGGCGAGAGCGAAAGAAGGCACAUCGCAAAGCAUGGAAGGCUGGGAAAGAUGCCAGGCGGAGAGAGAAGCAAGCUGCUGAAAAGGGGGCAGGAGGAGAUACUGAUGCCGCUGCCGCUACUCCCGCUGCUGAAGCGGGUAAGAAGGCUGGGUCAUCUACCAGUGGUCAGACCAUUCCGCCUGCUGGAGACAAGUCUCCGCGCAAGGACAAGAAGGCGAACAAGAAGGAGAAGAAGCAAAAGGGAGCAGCGACAUCGGCGACACCGGCACCGGCAGCAGCAGCAGCCCCAGCCGAGGCAGUCAGCACCACGGAUAGCGACAAGCCGACGAAGUCUAAGAAGAGCCAGACCGACACCAAGAAGAACGAGAGCGACAAGUCCGUUUCACCUUCAAAGGAGAGCGAGAGCAAGAAGAACAAGAAGGACAAGUCUGAAUCCGAUCCAAAGGAAGUGAAGUCCAGCAUGGAGUCAGCUGGAGAAAUCACGGCGGCAGAGCAGAAGGAGAAGAAGGAGAAGAAGAAGGAAAGGAAGGAAAAGAAGCGACAGAAGACGGCUUGAUUUCCCCUGCCCAGAGAGGCACCUUUUCUUCCAUUUGUACUUGUAAACGUAGCAAGAAGAGCAAUAGUAAUAGAGUGGAGCUGUGA